CCUUCCUAAGCUGAGCGAGUCCUCGGAGUGUGCGACGCGAGCUAGCGGGAGGGGACGGUGCGGCCAGUCGGCCGUGCGGUGACUGCAGCCACCUGCCCGAGCCCCGUGGCCCGCCCUCAGAUCCCGGCGAUGCGCCGCGGCGCCGCCUGGGCGCUGCUGCUGGCUGCAGCCCUGGGGCUCGGGGCGCGCGGGGUGCGCGCUGCGGUGACCCUCGCCGAUUUCUACCCGUUCGGCACGAAGCGCGGCGACGCCGUCACCCCGAAGCAGGACGACGGCGGCUCAGGGCUGCAGCCCCUCUCGGUGCCCUUCCCGUUCUUCGGCGCCGAGCACUCCGGACUCUAUGUGAACAAUAAUGGGAUCAUCUCCUUCCUGAAGGAAGUUUCUCAGUUCACCCCCGUGGCCUUCCCCAUCGCCAAAGACCGCUGUGUGGUAGCAGCCUUCUGGGCAGAUGUGGACAACCGACGUGCAGGUGAUGUCUACUACCGGGAGGCCACUGACCCAGCCAUGCUGAACAGAGCCACGGAGGACAUCAGACGGUACUUUCCUGAGCUCCCGGACUUCUCUGCUACCUGGGUUUUUGUGGCCACCUGGUACCGUGUGACCUUCUUUGGAGGCAGCAGCUCUUCCCCCGUUAACACAUUCCAAACGGUGCUCAUCACCGACGGCCGGUUCUCCUUCACCAUCUUCAACUAUGAGUCCAUCUUGUGGACCACAGGCACACACGCCAGCAGCGGGGGCAAUGCUGAUGGCUUGGGAGGCAUCGCAGCCCAGGCAGGUUUCAACGCAGGUGAUGGGCACCGCUACUUCAACAUCCCCGGGUCGCGCACAGCGGACAUGGCUGAAGUGGAGACCACCACCAAUGUGGGCGUGCCCGGGCGCUGGGCGUUCAGAAUCGAUGAUGCCCAGGUGCGCGUGGGGGGCUGCGGCCAUACAACCUCUGUGUGCCUGGUCCUGCGUCCAUGCCUCAAUGGUGGCAAGUGCAUUGAUGACUGUGUCACGGGCAAUCCCUCCUACACCUGUUCCUGUCUCGCUGGCUUCACAGGCCGAAGAUGCCACCUGGAUGUGAACGAGUGUGCUUCCCACCCCUGUCAGAAUGGUGGGACCUGCACCCAUGGUGUCAACAGCUUCAGUUGUCAGUGCCCAGCCGGCUUCCAGGGACCCACCUGUGAAUCGGCCCAGUCUCCAUGUGACAACAAAGUGUGUCAAAAUGGUGGCCAGUGCCAGGCAGAGAGCAGCUCUGCUGUAUGUGUGUGUCAGGCUGGAUACACUGGGGCCACCUGUGAGACAGAUGUGGAUGAAUGCAGCUCUGACCCAUGCCUGAACGGGGGAUCAUGUGUUGAUCUUGUUGGAAACUACAGCUGUAUCUGUGUGGAACCCUUCGAGGGACCUCAGUGUGAGACAGGAAGCUACCUGGUGCCUUCGCCCUGCCUCUCCAACCCCUGCCAGAACGGGGGCACCUGUGUGGAUGCUGAUGAGGGAUACGUGUGCGAAUGCCCUGAAGGUUUCAUGGGCUUGGACUGCAGAGAUAGAACCCUCAAUGACUGCGAUUGCCGGAACGGAGGCAGAUGCCUGGGUGCCAACACCACACUCUGCCAGUGUCCUCCAGGCUUCUUUGGGCUCUUCUGUGAAUUUGAAGUCACAGCCACGCCCUGCAACAUGAACACGCAGUGUCCAGACGGAGGCUACUGCAUGGAGUACGGUGGAAGCUAUCUGUGUGUCUGCCACACAGACCACAACAUCAGCCACUCUCUGCCAUCACCCUGCGACUCAGACCCUUGCUUUAAUGGAGGUUCCUGUGAUGCCCACGAGGACUCCUACACGUGCGAGUGUCCUCGUGGAUUCCACGGCAGGCACUGCGAGAAAGCCCGGCCACACCUGUGCAGUUCAGGGCCCUGCCGGAAUGGGGGCACAUGCAAGGAGACAGGCGAUGAGUACCGCUGCACCUGCCCUUAUCGAUUCACUGGGAGACACUGUGAGAUUGGAAAGCCAGACUCGUGUGCCUCUGGCCCCUGUCAUAAUGGUGGUACUUGUUUCCACUACAUUGGCAAAUACAAGUGUGAUUGCCCUCCAGGCUUCUCUGGACGGCACUGUGAGAUAGCCCCCUCACCCUGCUUCCGGAGCCCAUGUAUGAAUGGCGGUACCUGUGAGGAUCUAGGAACAGAUUUCUCCUGCCACUGCCAACCAGGGUAUACAGGGCACCGGUGUCAGGCAGAAGUGGACUGUGGUCACCCUGAGGAGGUGAAGCAUGCUACCAUGCACUUCAAUGGAACCCACAUGGGCUCAGUGGCCCUGUACACAUGUGACCCCGGCUUCAGCCUGAGUACCCUCAGCCAUAUGCGUGUCUGUCAGCCACAAGGUGUCUGGAGCCAGCCUCCCCAGUGCAUUGAAGUAGAAGAGUGCCGGUCUCAGCCAUGCCUGCAUGGAGGCUCCUGCCAGGACCUCAUUGCUGGUUACCAGUGCCUCUGCAGCCCGGGGUAUGAAGGAGUCCACUGUGAGCUAGAGACAGAUGAGUGCCAAGCACAGCCCUGCAGAAAUGGAGGCUCCUGCAGGGACCUCCCCAGGGCUUUCAUCUGCCAGUGCCCUGAAGGUUUUGUUGGAAUCCACUGUGAAACAGAGGUGGAUGCCUGUGCCUCCAGCCCCUGCCAGCACGGAGGCCGGUGUGAGGACGGAGGUGGGGCCUACCUGUGCGUGUGUCCAGAGGGCUUCUUUGGCUACAACUGUGAGACAGUGAGUGACCCCUGCUUCUCGAGCCCCUGUGGGGGCCGCGGCUACUGCUUGGCCAGCAACGGGUCCUACAGCUGUACCUGCAAAGUGGGAUACACAGGCAAGGACUGCACCAAAGAGCUCCUCCCACCAACAGCCCUCAGGGUAGAAAGGGUAGAAGAGAGUGGCAUCUCCAUCUCCUGGAGCCCACCUGAGGGCACCAUGGCCAGACAGGUGCUGGAUGGCUAUGCAGUCACCUAUGCCUCCUCGGACGGAUCUUCCCGGCGCACAGACUUCGUGGACCGGAGUCGCUCCUCUCACCAGCUCCGGGCCCUAGCAGCCGGCCGUGCCUACAACAUCUCGGUUUUCUCAGUCAAGAGAAACACAAACAACAAAAAUGACAUCAGCAGGCCUGCAGCACUGCUCACCCGCACCCGACCCCGCCCUAUUGAAGACUUUGAGGUCACCAACAUUUCAGCCAAUGCCAUCUCCGUGCAGUGGGCUCUUCAUAGGAUCCAGCAUGCCACUGUCAGCAGGGUUCGAGUGUCCAUCCUCUACCCUGAGGCCUCUGAGGUCCAGUCCACUGAGGUGGACAGGAGUGUGGACCACCUCACAUUUGGGGACCUGCUGCCAGGGAGAAAAUACAGUGUGCGGCUAACCACCCUCAGUGGACCUGGAGGAGCUGAAUAUCCAACCGAGAGCCUGGCCUCAGCUCCUCUGAACGUGUGGACCAGGCCUUUGCCUCCAGCAAACCUGACUGCCUCUCGAGUCACCGCUACCUCUGCCCAUAUGGUCUGGGACACCCCCAGUCCAGGUAUCUCACUGGAGGCUUAUGUCAUCAAUGUGACCACCAGUCAGAGUACCAAGAGCCGCUACAUCCCCAAUGGGAAGCUGGUGUCCUAUACAGUGCGUGAUCUGAUGCCAGGUCGGCGGUACCAGCUCUCAGUUACAGCUGUGCAGAGCACAGAGCAGGGCCAGCUGCACAGUGAGCCUGCACACCUCUACAUCAUCACCUCCCCCAGGGAUGGCACCGACAGACGCUGGUACCAGGGAGGACACCACUCACGGAUGCUCAGAAAUAGACCAGCCCCUGUGCGCCUGCCAGAGCUGCGCCUGCUCAAUGACCACAGUGUCCCUGAAACACCAACUCAGCCGCCCAGGUUCUCAGAGCUUGUAGACGGAAGACGAAGAGUGAGUGCCAGGUUUGGUGGCUUGCCCAGCAGAGCAGUAACUGUGAGAUCACAACCCACCACUCCAGUGCCGCUCAAGAACACAGAGGCCCCUGAGCAGGUCCAUCUGGCCCUCCAGCUACCCAAGAACAGCAGCAAGGACACAGAAAGUACCCCUGGCAGCUGUUCAGAAGAUUUUUGUCAGAAUGGAGGCACCUGUGUUCCAGGUGCCAAUGCCCACAGCUGUGACUGCAGGCCUGGGUUCAAAGGCAGACACUGUGAGCUUGCCUGUGAAAAAGUGCCCCGCCCCUGCACAAGGCUGUUCUCUGAGACCAAGUCAUUUCCUGUCUGGGAAGGAGACAUCUGCCACCAUGUGUAUAAGAAAGUCUACAAAGUUCACCAGGACGUGUGCUUUAAGGAGCGCUGCCAGAGCACAAGUGUCAAGAAACCCAAACAGGAAACAAAGUAACAGUCAAACACUGAAGAAAUCUUAAGGUACAUUCUACUUCAUACCAAGAUCUGUUGAGAACUGGAGACACCAUCAUACCCAGCACCUUGGACACCCCCAGGUCCUUUAUCAGACACUGAUGGCAAAAACUCAGCACUGUGCUAUUACAGACCUAACCAGGAAGGUUCCAGAAUUUCCUGUCUUUAGCCUCCCAAAAGACAUAACCUGGUCUGACCUUGCAUAUGAAUCUACUUUCAGGUGGAAAUAACUUUCUCAAGGGAAAUGCAGACCAGUUACAAUGAGGCACAAAAAUCACCUGGCCCCUUCAGGACUGUGAGCCUGGGUGGAUGGAUCAAGGAUGCCAAACAAUCCUAGGGGUGCUAGGAAGGACCUAAGGAAGUAACCCCAAGCACUACCAAUAGCAUUCUACCGGUAGAAUAGGGCAGGAGCCUUGUCAUGUAACCUGCAGGUGAUCCUAAGUAUAGCCUCUCACUGGGAGAGCUAUAAUGGACCCUGGACUAAGCACUAGUAACCCUAAAAUGAAAGAAACUUUGCCUGUUUGAUCCAGCAUGCCCCACCCACCUCCCCAUGCAUAAACUGUGAGAUGUUGAAGGGCAUUGGAUUUUUUUUUUCCACAACAGUCUGGAAAAUACACUACAGAAAUCUCCCUAUAGCCUGAACUCAGCCCCAUGCUGACUUAUUGACGGGACAUCAGUUGGAAAUGACAGACUGGCUGGCUGGAGACAAUUUACUCCUCUCCCUUGGAGAAGCCAGAACAGUACAUCUUUCCAGUGGUGGAAGAGAGGCAUGUCUGGAAACCUGCCACUUCAGGAGUGACUAUCACCUUUUUCUUCUACAGUGUAGGACAUGAAGGAGCAAUGUCACCCAAAGGCCUAAGAACAAGCAAAACCAAUGGAGUUCUGGGUGAAGGUCAUCCUAAGAAAAAACUGCCUACAGGCAGGGCGUUGGCAUAGACCAAGCUCAGGGCGUCAGGAGAGCAGGCUCUCAGACAGGCUCUCAGCAGGGCCUGUGCAUCCUGACCAUUUCAGAUGUGAAAACUCUGCAAGAACAGCUGACAAGACUCAAAUCCUGUCUACCCAACAGCAUCGCCUUUUCACCUCAGACCCCAAGGAUGCACACAAAACACCCUCCCACACUUGUGAGCAACUUAAUUCUGGCAAAAAUGAAAAAUCCACAAUUUGGUUUAAAAAUAUUUAUAUGGCAAUAAGUCACUUGAAAUGUUAAUGCGUCUUUUAAGAACUCACCCAGAAACCCCAUUUUUAUUAAAAAAAAAAAAAAAGAGAGAGAGAGAGAGCGCGCGAGAGAGAAUCCCUAGAUACUUAUGACAUAAUGGCUUAUAGAAUACCUCUUCUCAGAGCAACACACACAUCACACACACCCCUCUCUUUCUCUCUGAAGAAAAACACCAGAAUUCACCAUCCACAGCUGCCCUGAGAAAAUGAACAGUGCCAUCCCCACCAAAAGAAAAGCAGCAGAGGAUCAGCAAGCAGCCUACUGAUUCAAAUUUAAAGCCUCAGGUUGAGUACAAGUGUCCUCAGCGAUGCGUGUUCCCUUCCAUCCCUCCUUGCAUCACAGCCAGCUGGAAUUCUGGCUCCUAGGGGACAGUGCUUGCUGUCUCCAGAGAAAGACAGUGGGUAUAAAGAGGAGUAUGCCUCAGCUCACUGUUACUCCUUCAAAAGGACCAGCACGUGCUGAUAACACUGUCCACCUCCAGGAUUUCCAAGACCCAGGAAAAUGAGGUCUAAAACUUAAAAGCCAAGCUCCUGGCUGAAGGCAGUCCCCUGAGAUCUCUGUCUUCAGAUUUCCAGAAAAGAGACAGCCAAAGGUGCACACCCAAGGACUCCUGCCAGGGAAGCACUGAAGUACCUGUCAUCUCAACCCUGGCUGCUGCCUCUGCAGCUCUGGUCAGUUCCUCUGUGGGGAGUUACCUGGGUUACCAGGCUCUGUGAGUGAUGUUUCUGUGCUCAUAAACCCACUCCCAGGUCCCAGUGCCAGAGAAGUGACCCCUGAACCCCCAAAACAUGGAGAAGGGAAAGACUCAGCUUUCACGAGAGCUGCUGGAAAGGCUAUGUGGAAACAGAUGGGCUCACCCUGCUCUCCUCAGUCAUAUUGACCUAAAGAAGUGCUAAUUACUACUAUGGUGGAGUUUAGACACUUGGUCUACAACUCAGGGGUGGCAGGGCAGACAUGCUUAGGCAGGAUUUCGGGCUUUGAUGAUGGAAUGACCUCUCUGGCACACGCCUGACCUGCUACUGUCUUACCAACGCAGUCACAGAUGUAGAUAGCACAGCUAUAUUCUAAUGAAACUUCAUUUACAAGAACAGGCAGUAGGCCAUAGUUGGCAGGUACCUGGUUUAUAAGCUGAUCUAGACCUCAGCCUUCUGUGGGGAAAGCCAUCUCCUGAAUGACAAGUCGCCAUCAAGACAUAAAAGACCCCUGAACUUUCAUAGAAGAAAAGCAAUCAAAACCCUUGCUCACGAACCUAAGAUAUACUUACACCACAGAGCAGCAAGAGCUAUUUGUUCAAAUCUGAAGGCAGCACAUAGUGACACAGGGCAGCCUGGCUCCAGGAGACAGGUCCAAGGCUUCUUAUAAAUUGUGCCUCAAGUAGAUGGCUGUGGGCCACCAAAACGAGAACACGUUACACAGGCUCCGCUUUCCACCCCACUCCCAACAAGGCUCCAAGCAGCUUUCUUCUCCCUGCAGUGACUUCACAAUCAGAAAAGCCAACCACACCUUGAUUCCUCGAGAGCAGAGCUGACUGGAGAUCCAGCACCAAGAACUACAUCCUGACCAGAGAGGCAUCCUGCCCUCCAUAGUUCAUAGAAACAUACUUUGAAGCAUAACCUUUUAAGUUUUAUUCUCACUAAAAAACUCUGAGCCUAUCUAUUACAUAUUUUUUUUCUUUUUCAAGGAGGGGCAGUCACAUCAAAAACUCACUACUGUACCUAGAUACCCUGCUAGGGAGCUGGAGACCGCAUAAGCUACAGCAUUAACAGUGAACGGCAAGAUCAAGUGGCAUCACUGGAAAUGCAGAUGGAAUCUUUGUACUGUACCUCAGGGCGCUCACCCACCACGCUGAUGCUGCCACAUUUCCAGUUGGAGCCUGUUUCAAAUGAGAGCCAGCCUGCUGAGUGUGGCUGUCAGGCAGUCAUUUCAAAGUGGAGUGGAGAAAGACUAGCCAGUGCUGAGGAGUUAGUGUACAACAUUCCAAACAUGCUGUCUCUGCUUUCUUACAUGCCUCUCUUAUGCAGCAUAAUUAAAUCCCUCAAAACAGUCAGUCUUCACUUGGGAAAUGUUACAGUGGAAUCAGCAAAUGGACAAGGUGUAGGUUUAUUUUUGUGUCAAACUGAAGAAGCAAUCAUGAGUUUUGGGCUCACCAUUUGCUGAUCAAAACUGAAGACAAGCAGAUACCUAAUUGAGCUCAGGGUUAGGGUUCUAUUCAGUUCCGAUGGAGCCCACUGCCAAACACCCUACAUUCAGGGAAAGUGGAGCUCACAUCAGGCCACAAAAUGGAAGAGUACGGAGCAAAGAAUGGAUCAUGAUUCUCAAACAGUUUGUCCACAGCCAACAACAGGCAGAAGGCCUUCCCCUUCUCCACUGCCUAUGGGAUGUCAGGGUAAACAGGAUGGCUUGCUAUGUCCUGCUUUCUGUGGAGAGACCAAGAGGCAAGGACACGGCCUUGCCAGGAAUGAGCCUGCCUCACAUAGCCACCAUAGUGAGAACUCUGUGUGCCGGGGAAUCUUGGAAUGACUGCUUUUCUUUGAGAACACCCUCCUCUUUGCAGUCAGGCUCCAGGUGAGUCAAAAGCCUCCUCACCUUGGUGCUGGUUCCUCACCUCAGAUCCAGCAAGAUCUCUAGACAGAGAUAAACACAUCAGGUCCAUUCACAAUCCACAGUUGUUGUAGCCACAGGACUUUUGUGGGCCAGGUCUUUGAGCAAUUUCUCAGCUUUGGCAUUGCUUUGUGGACCUGAUCAUUCAUGUGGGGUGCAAUGUAUGAUAUUAUAUAGCAUCCCUGGCUCUGACCAUAAGAUCCUGAGGCCAUGACACAUAAAAAACAUCCCCAAAGAUUGUCACAUGUCUGGAGAUCAAGGUCAUCCUCAUGUAACCACUGGAUUCAGUCUAAACACAAGGCCUACAUUGGGGUUUCGUGUGACUGUUAAAUGUCACCCAAGGGGAAAGAUACUACCAAUCACUCCUAACUUUGGUCCUACCACCAAAAAGCUUUCUAUAUCACCAGCCCUGUGGCCCUGAGGAAGAGCCACAGACAACUUUUCAGGAGGCCUCAGUUUUCUGACCCUGAGCUCCAUCAAAGGAGGCCUCUCCUCAAGCUCACCUAGUCCUAGUCCCAGUAUGUCCCAUCGCUCCCCUCCACUCACCAGGCUGCUCAGUGCUGUCAGUGCUGGUCUCAGCAGCUCACUCUUUAGCAUAGGCUACAGAGCCAGAAAUAGGAGGCUUAAAGUGGCAACCAGCCACGAACCAACAUGAAGGCCAACUUGCCCAAGCAGGAAAGAUCAGCAACUGACAGAGAAGCACUUUGCUAGUCUGGCAACUGUGUGACUAAAGGACACAUUACUAACCAACUGCCUUUCACUCUGCUGUACAUUCAACAUGUCAGAAGGCCAGGAAAUGGUGUCAGAUUAAGAACAUGCCUACUGUGUGAACAUGCCUAUUGUGUGGAAACCUGCUACUUGUUCUCAUUAAAGUGCUAUGACA